AUGGAUGAAGCUAGAAAAAUAUUUGAUCAGAUGGUAAGGAGAAAAAUGGCAGAUGUCAAUGGGUAUUGUGAGAACAAAAGGAUAGAUGAAGCAAAGGAACUUUUUGAUGAAAUGCCUUAUAAAGGUUUAGUUCCUGAUGUUGGAACUGCACUAGAGGUUUUCAAGCACAUGCGUUCUCAAGGUCACCAGCCAAAUAGAAUAAGUUUCUCCAUUUUGCUUGAUGGAUUGUGCAAGCAGGGGAAUCUUGAUGAGGCACUUGCUCUAUUUAAAGUAAUGGAAAAGAGCCGGUUGAAGCCGAAUAUAGUGACAUAUAACAUUUUGAUUGAUGGUUUGUGUAGAGUUGGGAAGCUUAAUGAUGCCAAGGAAUUAUUUUCUAGGAUUUUUGAAAAUGGUUUACGGCCUAGUGUUUACACAUAUAGUGCAAUGAUAAAAGUAUUUUGCAAUGAAGGAUUACUACAUGACGCAUACAAGAUCUUUAGAGGAAUGGAAGAGGCUGGAUGUUUGCCAAAUGGUUGCUGUUAUAAUGUAAUUAUUCAAGGAUUUCUUAGGCAUAAGGAGUUAGCCAAAGCAUCACAACUUAUUGAUGAAAUGGUUGAUAAGGGAUUCUCUGUGGAUGCGACCACUACGAAUUAGCAAUCCAUUUAUCACAAAAUGAAGAUCUCAUUCUGAGAAAACUACAAAAAUGUUCUGAAGGUUCUAAAGAUGUAAAUGCGAAGUGAUAAUGUAACAAUCAUUACCUUAUUAAUGGGUGCAGAAAGUCUUGUUAUGUUGUGAGUUAUUUGUAUUUCGAAGUAUUUCAUCUGAUCUAAUUUACAAUAAUCUCUUUAGUUGCUUUUGCUCUUUUACAAAAUACUGUUUAUUAGUUCUAAGGUCAUGUUUUUGGGUAAUAUGCACAUUAACUUUAAUGAAUUUAUUUCAUUGCAACAUUACUUUGAAAGAGUAAACCAACUCCAAUGUGAUAUAUACACUGAGUACAGAAAGCGGAAUGGCUAAGGAAUUACUCAUGUUAAGCUUUACAAUUUGUCAGCAUGAAGUUUCGGUUGCUGGCGUACUGCUGUAAUUAAAGUUAACCUUCCAAAAAUGUGUGAAUGAUAUUAGUGAUGUGUUUCUGUAAUGGUAGUUGGAUUUGCUACAGUUCCUUGAGGUGAAGAGGAUAUGGUUUCCUAUUGAACUUGGUGUGAUUUAACUCUGAGGACGCAAUACAAUCAGCUACUAAAGCUUGACAUUUGGGGCUGCUAGUCUUCUCAUUUUAUGGGUUUUUUACCUGCAUAUUAAUUGGGUCAGUGUGCAGAUUAUAUGCAGAAUUAGUUCUUUAACUCUUAUCAAUUUUCCUUGCUAGUGGUUAAACUCGUUUAAAAUUUCUUCUUUAGCAACUUUGUAGAUAUGUUUGGCUUCGAACAAGCAAGGUUUUUUGGGACUGAAAACUACAAAUGUGGAAAGCUCUGUUAGACAGAUAGAUGUAUGUGAAGAGGCUUCAGCAAGUGAGGAUUUUAUUAGGUUGAAUUUAGUAUGCCUUUUUUCUUUUGAAGAUUUUGAGGAAUUUUUGUCACAGAAUUUGAAAUGAUUUGCUGCCAGG